GAGAUGAAUGAUGAUAAGGCUGGCCGCUAAACCCCGCCGCGGCCGGAUGGGCGCCUGAGGCCGGCGCAGCAACUAACGCCACUUUGGUCCGGUCGGCCUUCCGCCGGACUCUGUCUCUCUCCACUUUGUCGCUCCAAAGAAAUGCGAGUAACUCUUUCUUCCUCAUCCCUCCAUGACUUAUUUAUCGCCUGGCCUUCCGUUUCCUGUCCUCUUCUCUCCUCCUCUUUUCCUGCUUGUUCGCGUUUCCUCCUAGUUUUGCUCGGUAUACUGCUCGGCGGACCUUCGCAUAUGAACAGUUACAACCACGCCUAGACUGGGAGUCUGCCGUCAUCCGUCCCUUUUCUCGUCCAUUCUCGCGCCAGUGAGCGCAAGACCUCAACCAUCAUGGGUCUCUCCAAGACAAACAGGAUCUUGAUCCUGUUGGCGAUUGAUACGGCAUUUUUCUUGUUGGAAUUGAUUGCCGGUUAUUCCGUUCACUCCCUUGCCCUGGUUGCCGACUCGUUUCACAUGCUGAAUGAUGUAUUAUCACUGUGUGUGGGACUCUGGGCUGUCAAGGUCGCCAACCGCGAAACCAACUCGAAGAUGUACACUUACGGGUGGCAACGCGCAGAAACUCUCGGUGCCUUGGUCAAUGGCGUCUUCCUGGUCGCAUUGUGUCUAUCGAUUUUCCUGGAAGCUAUACAAAGACUCGUUGAGCCUCAGGAAGUAAAAAACCCGAAAUUCGUCUGCAUCGUCGGAUGUCUCGGCUUGUUGUCAAACAUAAUUGGCCUUGUGCUGUUCCAUGACCACUCCCAUGGGCACGGCCACAGUCAUGGCCCUGGAGAUCUGGAAGAAGGCGCAGAUGUUGAUCAUGUGCACGCUGGGGAGCAUGACCACGAUCAUGACCACGUGCACGCAGAUGGCCAGAAUAACCAGACUGGUGGUGCCGAGCCACACUCUCCCUAUUCGCGUCGCCGCCGGACCCUCGAUAGUCAACGUCGUCGCUACAGUGGAUAUGUUGACCCGGCAGACAUCCAGAUUCACCCCGCUAGUAUGAGACAGGAGAUUAUCGCAGCCAGUAAAACCCGGUAUGAUGAUGAACAAUCCGGCUCGGACAGCGAGUUCCAAGAGGGCGCCGAUAGCCAGCCAUCUGAGCGCUCAGCCCUUCUUGGUCAAGGCGGUCGUACUGGUAAAUAUACCGACGAGACGGAGUCAUCUGCCCGAUCCCGGACUGCGGCAGCUGAUGAGGAUCUCCACAAAUUCCACAACCAUGCUCAACCAAAGCCCAAAGACGAGAAGCAUGGCCAUGGCCAUGGUCACGAUCUCAAUAUGCGGGGCGUUUUCCUUCAUGUGAUGGGCGAUGCACUGGGCAACAUCGGCGUCAUCGCUUCUGCUCUUAUCAUCUGGUUGACCGAUUAUUCUUGGAGAUUCUACGUGGAUCCUGGGAUUUCGCUUGUUAUCACUGUGAUCAUUCUGCUCUCCGCCAUUCCCCUAUGCAAGGCUGCGUCCCGAAUUCUCUUGCAGGCAGCGCCCCACGGCCUGAGCAUCGACCAUAUCAAGGAGGACAUCGAAGGACUUCCAGGCGUCAUCGGCUCCCACCACCUGCACGUAUGGCAGCUGAGCGACACCAAGUUAGUCGCCUCUAUCCAUAUCCAGGUGGACACGGAGAUCAAGGGCGAAGGCUCAGAACGCUAUAUGCGUCUGGCCAGGCAAGUGAGGAAGUGCUUGCACGCUUAUGGAAUCCAUUCGUCGACGAUCCAGCCGGAGUUUGCGCCUGACAGUGACGCUGAGGACACAAUUGCGGCCCCCUCGGACUGCCGUGGCGGUAGCAACGGAGCCUCCGCCUCGGGGACGCUUCCCAGUCGAGCACCCAGUGUACCUGAUGGUGAUCCGCAGGCGUGCCUCCUGGAAUGUGGCGAGGAGUGUGCCCGGGGUGGCCAGUGUUGCCCCAAGCAAUCGCCGUGAGGUGAUUUGAUACCAAUUCUACCUCCCCUAUGAUUCUUUUAUUCUUACACCCUCCUUACAACCUCACCAUAUUAAUUUUCCUUUUCUGUUCAACAUACCCCCUUUUCAUAUUACUGGUACCUAUGUGACUGGACUGGCCGUUGUUGAUGUUGCGUCCGAGACAAACUUGGUGCAUGUUGGGUGAACUUCUCAGAUGGCUGCAUGUGAUGAGACUUGUCACUGGCAAGUGUAAUUACAUUCUUUAAAACAAGACUUUCUUAUUCUUCUUAUGUAUUCUUAGCAAUAUAAUUGCAUGUGACCUGGC